AAUCAGGAAAUCUUGGCAAGAGCACAACGUCCAAAGUUGGGGACGCGAGCAACGAUGCCGGAGGUCUCGCCAAUGGUGUUGCAAAGAUCACUGUGGAAGAAUCUGUGAGGAUCAAAAGCAAAAACCUCGACGUUAAAAAAGAGUUCGAGAGAUCGAACAUGAAGCGAGCAAUGAAUUUCGUUGUCAUUGGUCAUGUUGAUCACGGAAAGAGUACACUGAUGGGUCGACUACUAUAUGAUUUGAAAGUUGUUGACGAGCGUUCACUAUCGAAGUUGAGAAAAGAGGCCGAGACCAUUGGGAAAUCGUCUUUUGCUUUUGCUUGGGUUAUGGACCAAACGUCAGAGGAACGCGAACGAGGCGUGACUGUCGAUAUAGCGACAAACAGCUUCGAGACCGACAGCACUCGGUUCACGAUUCUUGAUGCCCCAGGACAUCGCGACUUUAUCCCAAACAUGAUCGCGGGUGCGAGUCAGGCAGAUAUCGCCGUACUCGUUAUUGAUGCGUCGACGAACAGCUUUGAAUCCGGGCUCAAGGGCCAGACGAAAGAACAUGCUCUGCUUGCCAGAAGCAUUGGCGUUCAACGUCUUAUCAUCGCCGUCAACAAGAUGGAUUCCGCCAAAUGGUCUCAGGAUCGAUACCAGGAGAUCUGCCAACAAAUGUCAGCCUUUCUAUCGUCAGCAGGCUUUCAGAGUUCCAAAUUUACAUUUGUGCCUUGUGCCGGAUUGACAGGCGACAAUGUCACUAGACAGACCACGGAUGAAGCAGCAAGGUGGUACAAGGGCAACACCUUGAUCGAGGAGCUAGAAGCCUCAGAGCCUACUGUUCGGUCCAUGAGCAAGUCUCUCCGCAUGACAGUUGGCGAUGUCUUCCGCGGCGGUAUCACAAACCCCGUCUCAGUCUCCGGUCGAAUUGACUCAGGAACCCUGCAGAUCGGUGAUUCGAUACUAGCCAUGCCCAGCGCGGAAUUAGCAUUUAUCAAAGGGAUUGAAAUUGACAAUGAAGGUGCAGAUUGGGCCGUCGCUGGUCAGAUAGUCACACUUCAUCUGGCGGACAUAGAUCCUGUACACUUACGACCGGGCGAUAUCAUCUGCCACACUACAGAACCGGUCCAAAACGUAGCACACUUUACGGCAAAGAUUCUUGCAUUUGAGCAUGUCAUGCCAAUGUCCCUCAACGUGCAUCGUGGUCGACUGAAUAUGGCUGGCAAGGUGACAAGGCUGAUUUCAACGCUGGACAAGAGUACAGGGCAAGUGCUACGGAAGAAACCGAGGAUCCUGCAGCCAGGUAGCGUGGCAAGGGUCGAGGUAGAAAUGGAGAAGUCAAUACCUCUGGAGGCAGGUAUCAGAAUAGUGCUCAGAUCAGAGGCACAAACGAUUGCUACAGGACUGAUAGAGAGUGUAAGAUGAGACCGACUUUCGCGUAAAGUGGCAUUAUUUGGCGUCAUUCUGGGCACAGCAUAGCGUGGCAUCAAAAUUAGAUGAGAGACAGUUGAAUCAAGCCAUAGAUGCUCGAAUGGCACGACCGUUUGCUUUUCCAUAUUGACGCCAUAAUCCAUAUCUAUGGC